UACGUACCCCCGAGUCGGAAGCCGGUCUAUUCCACACCUGUACUGACAUCUUUCGCCACAGCAUCGUCUAUGGAUAUUGUCAGCUCGCCGCCGGAGUGUUGUUCAUCUACGAAUGCCUCAUCACCGGGUACGAGGAAGUCGAAUUCUUCUGGAAGGCACGCUGGACGGGGGCAACGGCGCUCUUCCUCGCGAACCGGUACUUCUCCCUUGGGUGGUACAUCUACAACAUCAUCGGAUCCCUCGCUGUGCUCGGUGCGCAAGUACGUAGACCCCAUGGUUUACCAUUCCCUUCGAUGUAUACUCACUACUCAUCGCUGACUGCAGAGGUAGGAACGGGUCGACGAUGAUCCGUGCUAUGAACCCUUCACGCUUACGGUGUCGUUUCGUCUCGUCUCGGUAGCUGCGUCCCUUUCGCGCAGUCCUCUCUGGUUAUGUCGGUGAUCCAGUACCUCCCCUGGGCAGGUCCUGAUGGUCUGAGCUAUGGUGCACCUUCCGGCGGAAUCCGCCGGAAUCCGGCGGAAGCAGGCGUCAAUCACGAGUAACUAAAUUUCUUAUCCGUUUGUUAUCCCUCAUAACAAUUCGCCAAAACCAACCUCCGCACUCUUGUUGGUCCC